CUCGGGCAGCCUUGAUCAUGUGACCAGCUGCGUCAGUGGUCACGUGAGGGUCACGCAGAGGCAGAAGGCGGAAGCGAAGCUGCGCGCAGUGGAGACAACAAACAGCAGCUGAAACAUACAGGAUGACGACGGCGGCUCUGACUGCGGGUCUGGAGCGGAUUCCGGAUCAGCUCGGUUACCUGGUCAUCAGUGAGGACGGGGUCCUGGCUUCUGCAGGAGAGCUGGAGAACGACGAGCAGACUGCAGGCGUGAUAAUGCAGAUGGUUCGCACGGCCUGCCGCUUCAGGUUAUCUGGGUCUACAGAAGCACCGUUCAAACGCAUGUCAGUGAUUCUGGAGGACUUUGUUUACGUGGUGACAAUUUCAGGUCAGAAAGUGUUUGUGGUCAAACGUCAGAACACCCCGCACGAGCCCGUCAAUGUGUGAGGACGUCGGGAGGGGCAGACGGGACGGAGAAGAUGGCGUCUUUUUUUUUCUUUUUGAUUAUUUUCUAUGUUUAAGUUGACUGUAAAAUAAAGUUUUUGAAACCGCAA